AUGGAGCCCCUGCCCCCCUCUUUCCAAGGCACCUUCAACCUGCUGGUGAAAUCCGCCGGUGCCGCAGAGGAAGUUCUGUGGACCCGGGCGGGGACUCAGGGCGCCGCUUGGCGCCGUGCCUCGGCCACAAUUCCCCAGCAUCUGCUGCCCGGCUUCCAGGUGAUCUUUGAGCUGCUCCGCGACGGCUUUGUGGGAACCGUAGCAGUGGACGACGUAGCACUGGCGCCCGGCCCCUGCGCCGCCCCCCUCCGCUGCAACUUUGAGGAGCCUGGCGCCUGCAAUGUUUCGGGAGGAGGGUGGGUGCGGUGGCAGGGCGGCGGCACCUCAGGGCAAGGCCCGCUCCAUGACCGCACCCUUGGCACGUCGGAGGGACACUACAUGGUUGCCGACACCAGCGCCCUGGCAGCGGGAGAAGCGGCGCUGCUGUGGACGGGGACGUACCUGCCGUUGGGGGGCACCCACUGUGUCGGAUUCUGGUACUACCUGAGCACUGGAGACGCAGGCUCUCUGCGCGCCUCCGUGGAGGAAGAGGGCAGGAGGCAAGCCGAGGCGCUGGCAGUGGGUUCAAUGCGGCACGGGAGCUGGCGCUACGCAAAUUUCACAGCGGAAGUUAGCAGCGAGUGGCAGGUGGCUUUUGCGGCAGAAGGCGAUGGAGGGGCUGUGCCGUCGUAUGUGGCGCUCGACGACCUUGAGGUGACACCGGGGAGCUGCCUCGGCGCUGGCUCAUGCGAUUUUGAAUCCGGCACCUGUGGCUGGAGGAAGCCCCACGGUGAUUGGUGGAGCUGGGAUUGGGCCGGGGCGGGCGCCGACGGGCGCCACAUCUCCGUCCAAGUGGGCACCGGACACCAUGCCGCCCGCCUCACCAGCGAGACCCUUGAAGGCACCGGCUGCUUCCACUUCCGCUACCGCAUGGCCUUCCAGGGGAAAAGUGCAGGCAAUGCUGAGCUCCGGGUGCUCCUGUCCGGCCCGCAGGGGGAGCGUGUGGUCUGGCGGGCCGCCAGCCACCAAGGUUGGGCCUGGCGGGAGGAGAGGCUUCUCAUUGACAGCGGUGGUGAGUUCCAGGUAAGCCAUCUCAGAAAGUUUGGUGCCUUUGAGACUGCCUGCCACUGGUGUUCCUUUGAUAAUUAAACUUCCUUAUAUUAUUCCUAUUAAACUC